AUGAACGACACUGCUGAUGACGCAUUUCCACUGACCUCUGAAUACCUCGUACUGCCACUGUCCCCUACAAAGACCGACAGCACAGAAGAGUGGUCAUCACCAAGGACACCCAGGUCCCCUCGCAAAAGUCGCAGCUGUCUCUUCUUUCGGGACGUCGACAAUGCCAUCCGUGACCUUCACCUGACCCCAACAUCUUCUCCUAGGAAGUCCAAACUCAGUUCUCAUCUUGACGCGCUCUCAGUUCCGGUAUUCGACGCAACCAAGUGCGACUCUUCACCGGUGCAGCCACACGAUGACUCACCUGUCAAACCACAGCGACUUGCCGCUACCGAUCCACCCUCUUCGUAUCUAUCUCUUGAUCUCGCUAUUAAACACGCUCGUUCAUUACCCGUGAUAUUUGAAUAUCCUUUGCAUGACGAAGUACCACUUCAUCCAAGCAGAAUACAUAAUUCCGGCCCAGAUCGAAGGUCAUCACUGCCAAAAAGGCGAAAGCAUAGCCAUCCUGUCUCCUCAGAAGGCUUGGUCGAAAAGCUUACAUACUCACGGUUCCCAUCUUCGGGAUCUAAGGCAUCACCUGUCACCCAGGAAGGUCAAGUUCGGCCCAUGACAAGCCAUAUUGACACCCCAGCGAGGAAAAGCAAUCCAGAUAAUAAACUACGCCCAUUUCCUUUAUGUUAUUCGAGUUCUCCCAUAAGACCUAGUCGAUCCGUAGCCCGAGAAGGCUUGCUAGAGUCGACUCGCUAUAGUCAAACAGGCACGCCUGAUCGCUUCAUAGCCUACCGUCGGCCACCAGCUGUUGCGCGAGAAAGUUUUGAGCUCAAUAGUCCUGCAGAACGUCGAAAAACGGAACAGGCUACUAACCGAGGUACUCACACAAACGCAGACGCCUUCAGUCGUCGGUUACGCAGGAGUGGUCGGCUAAAUGAAGAGCUGCGUGGGCUUCGAGAGACACAUUCAAUGAUAUUGGGAAGGGUCAACGCCAAUAGGAGAAAUAUUCACUUCAGACGAGGUUCUGUGCCCCUAGCUGCUCGCCAGAUCAGUACUGGCGCAGUCUGGAACGUUGGUGGACCUUCUGCUGUGAGUGACACGGUGGUAGCCGUAUCCACUGGAAGAGGUAGGAUGCUCGGUAGUGGAACGAAUGCUCCGCUCUACAAAUCCGCAUUCCUUAGCCGAGCGGAUCCUGAAGCUGAGCUAGAAGCAUAUGCACAGCGACUAGCACUAGCACUGGAUAUCGACCGUACAGACCGAAUACUCCAACAUACACCUUUGUGGACUUCUCGAAACUCUCCAGAGUCUAGCGCACCAUCACAUGGCAGACAUGUGUGGCGAGACAGCGCAUGGAUCAAAGAGAAUUUGAGCUCACUUCUCGACGCACCUGACCUUCGAGACGACUACUAUUGCACCCUAAUCGCAUACUCAGAUACCUCCAAAUGCCUUGCUGUCGGCCUAGGGAACUUUGUACACAUUUGGUCAGAGCGGAGUGGUGUGAACACACCAGAAUCACUCAAUGCGAGACCGCCAAACAGUAUCCCCGUGGAUCGGCACGUUACAUCCCUCAGUUUUUCGUCAGAGUGCGGUGGCCAGGCAAUCCUCGCUGCAGGACGAGCAGACGGACGCAUCUCACUUUGGAGCCCCUUUGAUUCAGAACCUCGCUUUGAUGUUACACAGCCCAAGGCAGUAUCAUGCGUAGCUUGGAGACCUACUAUUGUGCAGCGCCCUUCUCUUCGCGAUAGAGCAAUGACCGUCUCAACCGAAGAGUUGAUCAUCGGAGAUGAAGUGGGCCAUAUUUACUUUUACAGCGUUGAAUGGCCCUCGGAGACCCAAAGCGCGCUCUUUGGCUGGCAUGGCGCCAUGACCCUUAUCGUCCGUCUAACAAUCCACAGCCAACAAAUCUGUGGCCUCACAUGGUCUCCAGAUGGCGAGCUAUUCGCAAGUGGCGGAAACGAUAACAACUGCAAUCUCUUCGAAACGAAGAAGAUCCUCCGCCCGAACCCACCAGGCCAAGACACGUCAGCUUUGCUCGACGUCCGUCAGGGACCGACGGGAGAAUCCAUCUACACAGUGUCGAAUCGCGAUGACUCAGUAUUGCAUCUCACUCCCUCCGCAGCAAAGCACACAUGGACCCUCAACGCUGCCGUCAAAGCAAUGGCCUUUUGUCCUUGGCAACGCGGACUCAUCGCCAUUGGCGGCGGCUCAAAUGACCGCUGUAUCCACUUUUACCACACACGCUCGGGUACCUGUCUUGCAACCAUCGACUGUGCAGCCCAGGUCACUAGUCUUAUCUGGUCGCAGACGCGGCGUGAGAUAGCUGCAACGUUUGGCUUUGCCCAACCAGAACAUCCGUAUCGUAUUGCGGUGUUUGCGUGGCCUAGCUGCGAGCAGCUCGUUGCUGUGCCCUGGUAUGAUGAGAGUCGUGCUCUGUGCGCCAUUGCAUACCCUGGUGGACCUACAAGCGGAGCACAGCUGGACGACGACAGUAACAACGGAAGAGCAAGAGGCGAAGAUGGUGUUUGGUCAAGGAGAGGUGUGGAAGAGGGAUGCAUAGUGGUUGCGGCUAGUGAUAUGGCAAUUCGAUUUCAUGAGAUAUGGUCGGACCGUCGAGGUAGCGUGCCAUCAGGCGGACUACUGGGUAAUGGGGCAGUAGGUUUGCUGGGUGGGAGCGACAUCCUAGAGGGACCAUAUGCUAGGGGUAUUGAGAGUCAGGGCACAGUGAUUAGAUAA